AUGGCCCCUGCUCAACAUCCCAACGCUCAUCCCGGGGCUGGGAUGGUCCAGCAGGUGCAUCCAGGCGUGUCCGCGCCAGGAGGACCUCAAGUCAGCCAAGGCGGUCCAGUAAUGGGUGGCAUGCCACCUGGAGCUGGAACAACAGGGCCUGGGGGUCCUGUUCAGGCUCAUGCCCUCUCUCACCUCGGUCCAGCUCAGGCACAUAUGUUCCAGCAGCCGCAUUUUGCACAGCAGUUUGCGAACAACCCUCAACUUCUCCAGCAGCACCAACACCAACUUAUAAGACAGCGUAUGAUGCUUCAGCAGCAACAGCAGCAGCAGCAGCAGCAGCAACACCAACAAGGGCAUGGUGGGUUACCGGUACAGAUGCAAAAUGGUACACCCGGCCUGAAUGCGGCUCAGAUCGCAGCGAUGCAAGCGAACCCUGCGAUGCGUCCAGUUAAUCUGCAAAUGCAGCUUCAACAGAUGCCUCAUGGACAGCCGCAAAACCUUCAGCAGCAACAACAACAUUUCCUUGCUAUGCAGCAAGCCCAGGCUCAGCAGGCGCAUCAGGCCCAGCAAGUCCAGCAGGCUACGUCUGCCGGACAGCCCGGCCAGCAGACACCGCAGCAGCGCGCAGCAGCACAACCUCAGAGCGUACACGACGCCCAGAGUGUUACACCUCAACCUCAGCCGGGACCGCCACCACACCAAGGAAGCGCGACGCCGCAACCGAAUCCUCCGCAGGUACCCACGUCUCAACCUCCACAGCAGCAGCCCGCCGCACCUCAGCCACAGCCUACUCCCAAUCCACCCCCGCAACAGCUUCCGCAGGCUCAGCAACCGGGUCAGCAACCGCAAGCGCCCCAGGCGCCGCAGACACAACCUCAGCCGCAGCAAUCCCAACAGGGCCAACAACAGGGCCAACAACAGCCGCCAAUGACCGCGCAGGAGGCCCAAAUUAAGGCACAGCAACAGCAAAACCCUGCUGCCAUGAUGAUGCAGCAACAACGGAUGAACAUGAAGGGCGCUGCAAUCUUGCAGCUUAGCACCUUUGCAGAAAAUCUGAGCCACAUUUCUGGUCGUGCUGAGAUGGGUACUGAUUUGGCCCAAUGGAAUAAUUUUGUGGCCAGAUUCUAUGCGCCGGGCGGUGUUCUGAGACAGGGUGUUUAUAACCCACAAGCCGGCUCCAAGCAAUUUGAGAUUGCCACUCCUGCUUUAGCGCGCUAUUACCACACCCAGUGUACAAGCGGUAUUUGCCAUAUCCAGAUGGUUGUUGAUGGAGCGCGGGAGAGGGACUCACCGCACGGAGGCCACAUCGUGGAGAGUGCGAGAACUUGCUUCAUUUAUUGGUUUUCGAAUGGAACUCAGCUUUUUACCAACGGAAGCAUGACGGCACAUUUCGAUAUGAACAACAAGAUUGAAAUGCUCGAUAUUGUGGUGAUGACCCACACGGAAUACCUCCCUCGGAGUCAGUUACAGGCCCUGGAGUUGGCCGACCAGCAAAAACAAAGUCCCAAGGUGUCUAAAAACAUGGGGAAACGGGCCCAGGCCAAACAGGCGCAACAGCCUGCGUUUACAUUGCCCGAAUCUAUGGUUACCCCGAAUGGUGUUCCCACGGCCGUGAUGAGCUUCCUUGAGGUGGCGGAGACGAUUUCGCACAUGCAGUUGCUGUUCCAGUUUUCUCAGCAAAAUCCUCAAUUGUCACCCCCAGAAGCCCUGCGGAACCUGGUGAUCUCGAUGCAGCAGAGCCAGGCGGCUCCCAACCCGGUGUAUAUGCAGGCUCCCAUGAACCCAGCGAUGCAGCAGGGCCAGCCACGGCCCCCCAAUAUGAACGUGCCCAACCAGUUUGCGUCUCCCGCGAUGGCCCACUUGGGUUUACCGGGCGCUCAGGGCUCACCCCAUUUGACUGGAUCCGCCCACCCCAGUCCGGCCCAGAGCCAUCUGGCGGGGCCUCCGGGGAUGCUCCCUCAGGGUCAAGUCCAAGGCAACAUUCCCCAAGGGACCAGUGCAAGUGCUAGCCCCAACGUGGGUAACAAACGCCGCCGUGCUAGCACCGUGAAGAUGGAGAAUGAUGAUGCUGGGCCCGAGGUUAACGGCACUGCCGGUCAGGGAGCCCCCAAAGUCAAGGCUAGUCCUCGAGUAGGGGCGAAGAAGCAGAAGGGUGGUGGCUAA